GCUGACCUAACCCUGACCUGGGGACUGACUACUUCUAGACGCCCCUUCCCUCUCCUCUCCCCCCUCCGAGCGGCAGACACGUGUUGCGCGCGGCCUCUUCAUGCUUUCGACUGCCCUCGCUCCGUAACCCACGAUGCCGGCCACCAACCAGAAACCGGCUACGCAAACGCCGGCAUCACCCCGAAACCUCGCCAAAUACACCAACAAGGAUGGCUCCAAGUUCAUCACCGUCCCCAAGGGCACCCCCUCCGAGUCGUCCCAACCCUCCACCCCCACAACCACCAAACACAGCGCACCCCCACCAGAGCCCAACGCCAGCAACGACACUGCUCCGACUGUGAACCGUAAGAAGCAGAAGCGCCGGCAAAAGGCAGCCGCUAAGGCCGCCGCCGAGCAGGCUGCGAAUGGCCAUGCCGACCACAUAUCCAGCUCCGGGAUGACUUCGGGUCACCACCGUGCCGACCACGAGAUUGUCGCUAGUGACGAUGACGACGCCGACUACGGCUUAGGGGCUCAUCACUCGGGGUCCAUGUCGAACGGUCAUCUGGCAAUAGACGCCAAAUCCAAGAAGAAUCGGAAGAAGAAGAAAAAGAACGCUGCGGGAGACAGUGACACUGCGUCGCCAACCCCUGCACAUUCACAUCUUGAAUCGCAAUCUUCGACGGUGGGUCGUGGCUCUGGCAUGUCUCGCGACAAGAUCUGGAGCACGAGUAAUCAGGAGGAGCGUGAACGUAUCAAGGAGUUCUGGCUUGGUCUGGGUGAGGACGAACGGAAGUCGUUGGUCAAGGUGGAAAAGGAUGCUGUGUUAAAGAAGAUGAAGGAGCAGCAAAAGCACACCUGCAGCUGUACGGUCUGUGGCCGGAAGCGAACCGCGAUAGAGGAGGAGCUGGAAGGUCUCUACGACGCCUACUACCUCGAGCUGGAGCAAUUCGCCAACCAAGGCGAGGGCCCGCCCAUGCUCCCCCCACCCCGCGAUUUCUCCCUACGACCGCCCCGAGGGCUACCUUCGAGCUAUACCAACCAACCCCCAUCCCGCGGCCGAAUAGUGGAACAUGUCGGCGACGACGAGGACGAGGACGAUUUGGAGGAAGGCUACAGCGAUGACGAAGUGGACGACGACGAUUAUAGCGACGACGAGCCUCCCGAGGAAUUCCACAACUCUCACGAUCGUGACGUGGCUGAUUUCUUGACGUUUGGCAACAGUCUGCAGGUCAAGGGCGGCAUUCUCACCGUUGCGGAUGACCUACUCAAGAAUGACGGCAAGCGAUUCAUCGAAAUGAUGGAGCAGCUAGCGGAACGUCGCAUGGCCCGGGAAGAGGACGCUCGCGAGCACUUUUCUCGCGGCGCCUAUGGUCAUCCUAACGGCUCAUACUCCAAUCCUCAUAAUCACCCUCCUCCUGAAGACGAUGAAUAUGACGACGACGAGGAUGAGGAGGAAGAUUAUGACGACAGUCAAGAUGAGGAGUAUGAGGAUGAAGAGGACCAAAUGACGGAGGAGCAACGAAUGGAAGAAGGCCGCCGCAUGUUCCAGAUAUUUGCUGCACGAAUGUUUGAGCAACGCGUUCUCUCAGCAUACAAGGAAAAGGUAGCCAAGGAACGCCAGCAGAAACUGCUGGAAGAGUUGGAAGAGGAGAGCCGACAAGUCGACCAACAGAAGGCGAAAAAAGCUAAGAACGCCCAGAAGAAGAAGGACAAGGCAGCUCAGAAGAAGCAGGCCUUGGCCGAGGAGAAGGCGCGCAAGGAAGCCGAAAAGGCUGCCCAAGACGCCGCUCGACUGGACGCUGAGAAGCAACGGGCCGCUGAACAGAGACAGAAAGCUGAGGAGAAGCGGAAGCAGAAAGAUGCCCAGAAGAAGGCCGAAGAGGACGCUCGACUCCGGAAAGAAGCUGAACGGCAACGGCGACUUCAGGAGCAGAGAGACAAGCAGGCGGACCAAGAGCGCAAAGCUCGCGAAGCCAAGGAGCGGGAGAAGAAGUUCAAGGAGGAACAACGACAGAAGGACAAAGACGCUCGUGAGCAAAAGGAGCGUGAGGCUCAAGAGCGAAAGGAUAAGCAAGAUCGGGACAAGCGGGACAAGGAAGCCAGAGCCGCCAAGGCCCAGAAGGAGGUCCAGGCCGCCAAGGAGGCCAAGGAGAGAGCAAGAGAGGAGAAGGUUGCUGCCCUGAAGGCGGCGAGCCAGACACCUCAAGGCCAGCCUCUGCAACUGUCCAAGCGUGGUCAACAGCACCCCGUCUCGAUCCCGACCAUUCUACCUCAACAUCCAUCGAACCCCGUCAACUUCGCCUCGCCCAAGAUACCCGUGGCAACACCCGUGAUCCCCAAGGCACCGACGCCUAUCCGACCGCGAACGACGUCUCAGCAACAGGAAGCUGGACAAUCGAGUUCUUCGGCGUCGCAGUCAGCUUCGGCUACGAGUCAGAACCCAUCACCGCAUUCUGUAACACCAGCUCACAUGAGCCCAGGGCCUAUUGGCCAGCAGAGGAAGGGAAGUACUAGCACGACGGCAACUACCUCUCAGCAUUCGCAUUCAUCCUCUCCACCGAUGAGAAAAUUGAAGCUGCUGCCCGGUCAGACACCGCCUUUCCAGAUCCCCCCGUUGGUAAUGCAGCCACCUCCAGGGCUCGCGCACCACCCUCCGCCGGGUUUCCCGAGCCGCAUACCCCACGAACCCAUCUUCCCUCCCGGUUUCAGACCUGGCCCGAGUAUGAUGAUGCCCCCUCCCGGCAUCAAUGGUCCCACAGCUCGGGGGUUCCCCCCCGGGCCCUUGCCGCCACCCGGAUUCUCGCAACCUGCUGGUGAUCAGUUUGGAAUGGCCGGUGGAUUCCCGUUACCCAAGGACGGACCCCCACCGACCCAUACGCGCCAGAGCUCUGGAGCUUUCGACGGUCUGUCCGGAACCUCGACGCAACCCAUAGGACGACCUGCGCCUAUCGGGCGGCCCGGAAGUGUUAACCAUGGACGAUCGUAUGACGAGGACGACGAAACGACGCACCUGGGAAGUAGAGCGCUCCUCGAAGACGACGAGCUAUUGGGUGCUGAGAUCAACAUGGGAAGCCUGCGCAACCAACCACCAGGACCACGAGCUGGCUUUCCGGCGAGUCCCUUUAUGGAUGCCGGUUUUUCCCUUGCACACAAUCCGUGGGGGCCUCCAGCUGUAACUGCACACCCGUUUCCUCCUCCAGGCUUUAGCAAUCCUGGAUGGGGCGCGCCAAGCGUGCCUCCUGGAUUCGGCCUGCAAGGAACUUGCCAACUCGGGCGACCCUGAGGGAUUCAUCGGACUCGCAGCUCUCAAGUCUCAUAUUGAUGCUCUUACUGGUGAUCAGGGCCUUACAGAACAAGACCUGCUGAAUUUGUGCGACACCGAAGGGAGCCUUUCCAAUGGAGGUGGCACCUUUGAAGUCAGGCGGGAUGCUGGUGGCCCUGGAAAGCAUACUG